GGGAAGGUCAGGCUCUGAUUGGUGGAGAGGUCGGUUUCCGGUUCCGGCGGGUCUCUCUGCGGCCCCGUUGCGCGGGGAGGCGGCAGGAUGGUGCUGCUGCACGUGCUGUUCGAGCACGCGGCCGGCUACGCGCUCUUGGUCGUGCGGGAGGUGGAGGAGAUCAGCCUGCUGCUGCCCCAGGUGGAGGAGAGCAUCCUGAACUUCGGCAAGUUCCACAGCAUCGUCAGACUGCUGGCCUUCUUCCCAUUCAAAUCUGCCCAGAGUGCCUUGGAGAAUGUCAAUGCCAUCUCGGAAGGGAUUCUCCAUGAGGACCUCAGGCUGUUCCUGGAGACCAACCUGCCGGCCAAGAAGAAGAAAACGUUGCUGGGAGUCAGCGACACCAAGAUUGGGGCUGCCAUCCAGGAGGAGCUGGGUUACCAGUGCCAGACUGGAGGGGUCGUGGCAGAAAUCACGCGAGGGAUCCGCCUGCACUUCCACACCCUGGUGAAGGGCCUCACUGCCCAGUCGGCCUCCAAGGCGCAGCUGGGCCUGGGGCACAGCUACUCACGUGCCAAAGUGAAAUUCAACGUCAACAGAGUUGACAACAUGAUCAUCCAGUCCAUCAGCUUGCUGGACCAGCUGGACAAGGACAUCAACACCUUCUCCAUGCGUGUCAGAGAGUGGUACGGGUAUCACUUCCCAGAGCUCAUCAAGAUUGUGAGUGACAACUACACCUACUGCCGCCUGGCCAAGUGCAUCGCAAACCGCAGGGAGCUGAGCGAGGAGAGGCUGGAGGCGCUGGAGGAGAUUGUGAUGGAUAGUGCCAAGGCCCAGGCUAUUCUGGAUGCUUCUCGGUCAUCCAUGGGGAUGGACAUCUCCCCCAUUGACCUCAUCAACAUCGAGAGCUUCUCCAGCCGGGUGAUCUCGCUGUCCGAGUACCGCAAGGGCCUGCAGGAGUAUCUGCGCUCCAAGAUGGGCCAGGUGGCUCCCAGUCUCUCCGCCCUCAUCGGAGAAGUGGUGGGUGCCCGUCUGAUCUCCCACGCCGGCAGCCUGACGAACCUGGCCAAGUACCCGGCCUCAACGGUGCAGAUCCUGGGGGCGGAGAAGGCCCUCUUCAGGGCCUUGAAAACUCGUGGCAACACCCCGAAGUACGGGCUGAUAUUCCACUCCACCUUCAUCGGGCGAGCGGCUACCCGCAACAAGGGGCGCAUCUCCCGCUACCUGGCCAACAAGUGCACCAUCGCCUCCAGGAUAGACUGCUUCUCAGAUGUCCCGACGAGCGUCUUUGGGGACAAGCUCCGGGAGCAGGUCGAGGAGCGCCUGGCCUUCUACGAGACAGGAGAGCCUCCCCGCAAGAAUCUGGAUGUCAUGAAGGAGGCCAUGGUGGAGGCUACCGAGGUGGCUGCCGAAAUCAAGAAGAAAGAGAAGAAAAAGAGGAAGCGGGAGAAGAAGCGUCUGGAAGCCUUGGCAGUGGCAGCAGCUGCUGAGGAAGCUGAGAACUCUGUGCUGGAGACAACCAUGGAGGCAGAGGUAAAGAACCAGGAAUGCGCCCUAGGGCCUAGGCUGGCCUGGAACUGGUAUUUCCAUCACGACUUGUGUGCUCCAGACAGGUCCUGUCCAAAGUCUCACCCAGCAGAGGGAGAGGAUGGGGGCUUGGGUCCACCGCCUGCCCAGGGAGCUCGGAACGAGGCAGUUUCCUGGCUUCUCAUUUCUGCCCCUCCGUACAGCAGUGAAAGGCAGCGGCUGGGGGCAGAGGCAGGUGGCUCUGGGAAUUGCUGAGCGGUGCAGUGGGGCCUGGGCCUCAGCUCAGACAGAUACUCUGAGCCCCCACGACACCCAGGGCAAUGCCUCCGAUUGCACAGAUCUGACCUGCAUGCUUUAAUCAGUGCAAGGGCUGACCGGUCAAUGGGCGUAAUGUGGGAAUAUAGCUCCUCCGUUAUUAUUCCCAGCUGCCUGCAGACUCAGGCUGACAAUGCUGUUAAUUGGCCUGCUCUGUAGGGUUGCAACAGAAGAGUUUGAGGAUGAGGGAGAAUGCAGCUGGAGCCCCAGUGAGCUCGCACAGCCUGCUCAUGGGUCCGUAUCCUGCCUUCACAGGGAAUGUGCCUGGGGUGCACGUCUCCCUCCAAUGACUGGAGCUCCUGGAGGCCCCAAGCCCUAGCUGCAGGGAAUGAUGUCCCAGAGCCCAGAUGCUCUGGGGCUGAUGCCCUGGGCAAUCCUUUGAUUGAAUGGCAGGUGCAGUGUGGGAGCAGCCACCGGCUGCCAGGUUUCAGAUCCUCAGGCAGGGCAGCCAGCACAUGGCAGGGAGUGAGGAGAAAGCAAAGGGAACAGUGGACUGGGACCACCAGACCUUGCUUGGGCUGCCUGAUGCGUGGCCGCUAUCCUGGGCUGUGUGAAAUGGGCUGGUCCUAGUCCUGGCCAGCCUCUUCUCACUGCUGCUCUCCAUGUUGGGCUGUGGUUCUGAGGGGACUUGCUAGGGGAUGUGGCCUAGAAACCCACGUGUCCACGCAGCGCAGGCAUCAACCAAUGCCAGCCUCUGCAGAGCACUGCACUUUAGCCUGUGUAAUGCCUGAGCUGCUCCUGCUCCAGCACCAGCAGGGCAUGGGCCUGAGUGUGCUACACCCC